AUGGCUGCCAGAACAUUGAGAAUAGGUCUUAUUCCGGGUGACGGGAUCGGUAGGGAGGUUAUCCCGGCCGGUCGACGCAUCCUCGAAGCUCUGCCGGCGUCGUUGGGCCUGAAGUUCACCUUUGUCGAUCUCGAGGCAGGCUACGACACCUUCCUGCGCACAAAGACCGCUCUGCCAGACAAGACGGUCGAGACGCUGAAGAAGGAAUGUGACGGUGCUUUGUUUGGAGCUGUUAGCUCUCCAUCGACCAAAGUCGCGGGUUACUCCUCCCCCAUCGUCGCACUCCGCAAGAAGCUAGACCUCUAUGCGAACGUACGGCCAGUCAAGACCACGGCCGGCGCCAACGCCUCAGUCAGACCAAUUGACCUCGUCAUCGUCCGUGAGAACACCGAGGACCUCUACGUCAAGGAAGAGAAGACCUACGACACCCCCGACGGCAAGGUGGCAGAGGCCAUCAAGCGUAUCUCUGAACGCGCCUCUUUCCGCAUCGGUGCCAUGGCCGGCGAGAUCGCUCUCCGACGCCAGAAGAUCCGUCAGGCUCAGUCUGCAAACACCACCACUACAGAGCCCAUGGUAACCAUCACCCACAAAAGCAACGUUCUCAGCCAAAGUGACGGAUUGUUCCGCGAGACUUGUCGCAAAGCCCUGGCCAACGACAAGUUCAGUAGCAUCAACGUCGAGGAACAAAUCGUAGAUUCAAUGGUGUACAAGCUCUUCAGACAGCCAUCAUACUACGAUGUCAUCGUUGCUCCUAACCUGUACGGAGAUAUUCUAUCAGACGGUGCUGCCGCGCUCGUCGGAAGUCUAGGUCUGGUUCCUAGUGCCAAUGUCGGUGACGGGUUUGCUAUUGGUGAACCAUGCCACGGCAGUGCCCCUGACAUCGAGGGUAAGGGCAUCGCCAACCCCAUCGCCACUAUCCGAAGCACCGCUUUGAUGUUGGAGUUCUUGGGUGAGGGCGAAGCUGCUGCUAGGAUUUAUGCGGCUGUCGAUGCCAAUCUUGAUGAAGGCCGGCUCCUUUCCCCAGACCUUGGUGGCAAGGCAACCACCACCGAGGUGUUGGAGGACGUUCUUAAGAAACUUUAA